UCCCAUAGAAUGUAAACAUUGCACGUGUUUUUAUUUACGUAGUGAAAUAAGUGGAAUAAAUCGAAGAAAAAUGGAUAUUGCCCUAAAUAUAACGCAGAAUACAAGCCCUAGAAAGGUUCCCAAUAAGGAACAAAAUUCAACACCGAAGGGACAAAAGCAAAAGGAUUCUUCUGGGUUUUCCUUUAAAUUCACAAAGGCUGCACAGGUGAAAGCUGUUGUAGCUCGCCGGAGGAUUCCAAAGAAAAUUCCUGCACCGCCUCCUCCCAAAAUCAGAAAAAAUUACGUGAGAUUGCGAGAUAGUUCACCGGAAAGUGAUUCCUCGGAGGAAAACGACCAAAAUGUUCAACAAAGUGCCCCAGAAAUUAAUAUUGCUCCUCCAGAGGAUACCGCCAAGGAUGUAGAAGAUAGUGGCAUAACUAUUGGGAUUUACAAUUCACCCCCAAAAGAGAAUAAGCAAAAGAGCAAAGAGAGAAAAAUCACUGAGAAGAAAAUUGAAAAGAAAAUUCCUGUCCGGGAGAUUGAUCACCGGAUAGAAGUUUAUCAACCUUCCUCAUCAAAUGUGGUGAAAAGAACAUUUCAGGAAGAUGAACAAUUUCAGGAGCCACAGCAGAGGAGGAAGAAAAAGAAACUUUCAGAAAUGUCGGCAGAAUUGCCGAAAGUUGAGCGAAAGGAAGUUAAUCCUUUGAAAGAGAGUCUCUUUAGUGGACAACCAAUGUCCGCCCUUGGACUCCAUGCUCAUUUAGUGAAGAAUUUAGAUGAUCAAUUGCAGAUUAAGGAACUCACAUCUAUUCAACAACGGGCAAUCCCAUCAAUUCUCGAACAGAAGGAUGUUCUCAUUCGUUCUCAGACGGGUUCCGGGAAGACUCUCGCCUAUGCAUUGCCCGUUGUGCAAAUCCUUCAGAACAUUCGCCCAAAAUUGACACGAGAUUGUGGAAUUCAGGCUCUUGUUGUUGCUCCCACGAGGGAGCUGGUUAUCCAGACGUAUGAGCUAUUUGUGAAGCUCCUAAAGCCAUUUACGUGGAUCAUUCCUGGGUAUCUGUGUGGUGGAGAGAAGAGAAAAUCCGAAAAGGCACGUCUUCGAAAGGGCAUCAACAUAAUGAUUGGUACCCCAGGGAGGCUGUGCGAUCAUCUCAAUCACACACAAUCCUUCCAAUUGGAUUCGGUAAAGUGGUUAAUCUUGGACGAGGCAGAUCGUCUCCUGGAGUUGGGCUAUGAGAAAGAUGUCAGGAGAAUUGUGGAUUGUCUCAAUGAGAGAGAAUGCGAGGGAGAAAGUAAAUCCCGCCAAACACUCCUUCUCUCUGCAACACUAACUCCAGCUGUUGAAAAGCUGGCUGGUUUAGCUCUCAAUGAUCCUCUCUUCGUCGAUAACACCGAAUCAGCAAGAUCAGAGUUUAAGGAGGAUUUUUCAAAGGUGGUUCAGGAAGCAAUUUCCGGUGAGAAGUUAGUUGUUCCGGACACAAUGAAACAGAUUUUUGUUGUUCUUCCACCGAAGCUGCGUCUUGCAGCCCUUUCGGGGUUGAUUGCAUUUGAGCAUCGUCGAAAGACUGAUGCAAAGCUUCUGAUUUUCCUGGCUACGCAGGAUCUUGUGGAUUUUCAUCAUGACAUCAUGGUAGAGGCUCUAACGAGGAAGGUUAUUGAGGAGGAGGAUGAGGACAUUGAGGGUGAAAAUGAAUCAGGAGAUGAUGGAGAAGAGAAGGAGUGUUUGCUCAAGGGAGUUCGUUUCUUCAAACUCCAUGGAUCAAUGACACAGACUGAGAGGAAGUCGGUGUUUAAGGAGUUCCGGAAUUGCAAAUCAGGCGUCCUUCUAUCAACGGAUGUGGCUGCACGAGGUUUGGACGUUCCGGAAGUUGAUUGUGUCGUUCAAUUUACACCACCGCAAAAGUUGUCCGACUACGUUCAUCGCAUUGGUCGGACAGCAAGGGCCGGAAGGAGUGGAAGGGCAGUGAUUUUCCUCAAUCCGUCGGAAACUAAAUUCGUUCAUCUUCUCAAUGAAAAAGGACUCAUAUUGUUGCAAGAUGAGUUCCAGAAGUAUCUGAAGCCACUCGUAAUGAAGAAGAAUAAACCCAAUGCCGCCAAUGAGGCCGUUUCUGAUUUGCAACAUAAAUAUGAGGAGUUGAUUGCUGAAGAUCAGCAAAUGAAGGAAAUGGCCAGCAAAGCUUUUGUAUCGUGGAUUCGCUUCUAUGCGGCCUUCCCGAAGGAAUUGCGACACAUUUUCAACCGUCGAGACAUCCACAUGGGACACUUUGCCAAAAGCCUGGCCCUCAGGGAGCCCCCGUCGAAAUUUGCAAGGAACUUUAGUGGACCGAAAGCACAAAAACCCUCAAAUCGACUUACUUUUGGGCAUGGAGAGGAUGCUGCAGAGGAUGACGCAGAGCAGCAACCAAGGGGCACGAGUUUAGCAAAAUUUGCCACACGAUCAAGAAGUUUGACGACGUCAGAAUUCGAUAGUGGGAUGGUGCCGAAGAAGAAGAGGAGGAAAGCAUAGUGCGGAGAGGAUGACAAAUGCGGCAUUUAAUGUGUUUUUCAACCACAAAUUACACUUUGGGUUUUUAAAUCUCUCAAAAGAAACACCCCCAGAGAGAGAUCUCAAGCACGCUGGUUCAUCAGGAUGAAGCAUAUUGAAGGUAAGUAUGAUUUUCUUUUAGCCGGAUUAUUAUUCAAAAUAAAUUUCUUUUAUUAAAUUGUAAAUGAAAUGAAAAGAAAAGUGUGUUAAAAUGAAGAUUUCAUUUAAAUUAAUUCUUUUAUUUGAAUA